CACCUUUGAUUCAGAAGUCCAUUCCUGUGACUGAAGAGCAGCUCUUGUCUUUAUCUUCAUCAUCAUCAUCAACUCCUGAGGAGUAUUAGAUCAUUAUGAAGACCGCUCACAUCCUUUUGCUCUGCAUCCUGGGAGCUGCUUUGCUGUCUACUGUUGACUGCAGCAACAGUGGAAAUGGUCCAGACAACUGCUGCUUUGUGUUCUAUCCAAGAAGAAUUAACAAAAACCUCAUCAGAUCAUAUAACCUGACUGAUCAUCGGUGUGCAAAGGCUGCAGUCAUCUUGGUUACCAAAAAUUCUCGUCAAAUCUGUGCGGAUCCGUCUCUGUCCUGGGUCGAGAACAUCAUGAAAACUGUGGACGAGAGCACUUUUUAAAGCAGCAGCCUGCUCAUCCUUACAUCUUGUUCCUCAUUAUCAUAUAAAAUGCAUGCAACUGAUUUUUGUGAUAAGUGCAACUCUGUUACAACUGCUUCAAAGUUUAGCUUUCGAGUGAGCCUGAAAUAAUCCACAGUCAUGCCCUUUGAUUUUGUAAUGUCUCUCUGAUGCUUUGUAUUGUGUAUUUUAUCCUCAGA